UUCUAGGGAUAUGUAUACUUCACUUCCCUCCUUUCCUCCUGGGGAAGAAGAUUAAGCAGAAUUGUGCCAGCUGUGGUGAGCUACCCAACUCUUUUCUUUAUUCUUGACUUCCCCUAGGAAUUUAAACUAUUCUGAUUCUCUCAGUGUUCUGAGUGAGGCAGAAAAAAAAGAAGUCUCUUGAGCACUGUGCCAAAAUGCCAGAAAUGAUGAAUAUAUGCUCCACUCUCUUCCCUAUUCCUGAAUGGAGCAUCCACAAGCUAAAGCAAUUUCUCCCAGUUCAGAGCUGUGCCAACUUGGGGGAGAGACUGAUGCAGGUAGAUUCAAGAGGCUAUAGGAAAGGAAAUACUGCUUCCAGGAGUAUUUGCACAAUUCUGUGAAAGGGUCUGAGCACAUCUGGAAGUGAGGUCAAUCAAUUUAGACUCCAAAAACCUUUGUGGCAACAGUGGAGAGGGGAAAAUAAACAAAUACUCCAUGAACAUGAAUCUCAACCCCUCGACAUCUGCUCUUUGGAUUGAGGGUAAAGGCAGCCAUAUUACGGCUAGAAAUGUAAGCUGCUUUCUAGUCAGGCACACCCCUCAUCCCAGAAGAGUCUGCCACAUCAAAGGCUUGAAUAACAUCCCCGUCUGUACUGUGAAUGAUGAUGAGAAUGCAUUUGGAACAUUUUGGGGAGUUGGCCAGUCUAACCACUUAGAGAAGAACAGGAUACCAUUUGCCAAGUGCAGUUACGCUCCCGGCACUGCAGGUCAGGAAAGCCCUGUAAGAGAAGUGUCGCCAGCCCCAAACAGUGCCAAAGUGCCCCCACGGCCUCAUUCUGAGCCCAGUAGAAAAAUUAAAGAGUGCUUCAAAACUUCCAGUGAGAAUCCCUUAGUAAUUAAAAAGGAAGAAAUUAAGGCUAAACGGCCACCAUCACCUCCAAAAGCAUGCUCUACUCCUGGCUCCUGUUCUUCAGGGAUGACGAGUUCCAAGAAUGAUGUGAAAGCAAACACCAUUUGCAUACCAAACUAUCUGGAUCAGGAAAUAAAAAUCCUGGUAAAGCUCUGUGACAUUUUACAAACUGAUUCUCUGGCAGAAGUUUUACAGUGGCUACUUCAUGCAAGUUCAAAAGAAAAAGAGUGGGUCUCAGCUUUGAUUCAUUCUGAGCUCGCUGAGAUAAACCUAUUGACUCAUCACAGAAGAAACACCUCAAUGGAACCAGCGGCAGAGACUGGGAAACCACCCACAGUUAAAUCACCACCCAUAGUUAAAUCGCCCCCAAAUUUACGUGCAAAAUCAAAAGUGCUGACCAGAGAUACAGAAGAGCAUCAACCCACCAGAGUGCCAAGUCAAGGAUCUGAAGAAAACAAGGAAGUACCAAAAGAGACUGAGCACAAGCCUCCAUUGUUUAUAAGAAGAAGUAUUAUGAAAAUACCUGUUGCAGAAUAUUUCAGCAAACCAAAGUCUCCUCCCAGGCCUAACACUCAGGAGAGUGGAUCAGCAAAACCAGCGUCAACAAGGAGUAUACAAGAAUACAACCUCUGUCCCCAAAGAGCAUUUUAUCCUUCAACAUAUCGAAGGUAGAAGUUCUAGACUAAGUGAAUUCUUUCCUGAAUAUGAGCUUCACAUUUACAUCACUGAAUUAUUUUUCAAAUAAAUAGUUUUGGUAUUGAGGAAUCAAGUGGUCCUCUUAUGGUGGCACAUGUAAAUCUAAAAACAUCUGUAUAUAAUGCUACAAAUAAAUAUUACUGGAGAUGAUAUUUCCAUUUGUAG